AAAUGUAAUAAUUUAAACACAGCCGACGUCUCGCUUUCGAGUGAACGAUUACGAUUGCAGAAUACGCCGCCGCGGUGCAGUUAACUCGCGCUCUUGGCCGGUAAGUUGGUUAAUAAACAAAACAUCGUGUUCCAAUAAUAACAGAUAAGAAAAAGUCGCAAUGUCCCACACAGUAACGGUAACUAGGACAACUACAACAACAACUACGUCAGCUAUUAUCAUCAAUUCAGGAUAUUUGAAAUCAUGGCCAGGAUUACUAAAAUUAGCCGAACUGAUUCUAGGAAUAGUCACCGUGGGCAUAGUGAGUUACUAUGUUAACAAAUACAUACGUUUGGUAUACUCACCAGAAAUAUUCUUUCUCCUUAUGGCUGUUACAUUCUUAGUAGGAACAUUUUUAUUAUUGACGUCGUGUUUAAUAUCUAUCUCGACUGCUUCAAUUAUCUCAAAAACAAUUUACGAAGUGGUGUACCACGGUUUCGCUUUUAUCUUGGUGUUAGCCGCUAGUUUAACUCUAGUUACAGAGAUAAAUCAUAAAAGACAAAACUACUACGGAGGAGAUUACGAACCUUAUUUUGCAGCCGCUAUUAUUGGACUUGUUAAUGCCGCCCUAUAUCUUUUAAGCACAAUCUUUGCCCUCAGGAGCUACAGAGGAUUGUAAUUUCUCAUUAUUUUGUAUUUAUUUAUUUUUCUUUGUUUUUUUUGUUAAAUAUCUAUUUUAUACCAUUUUUUAUUUCAUUUUAAAAGUACUUAUGCAAUUUAAUCAUCAAUUAACUAUAAUGGAUAAUUUUCAAUAAAUCUAUAACUUGCAUAAAACAUUUACUCACAAAGGUGUUGACUGAAUCGUUAUAAUCUGAUUAUGAUAUAAAUAAUCGCGCAGAUACUCUCUUAGUUACAUUGGUCUCAUAUUUAACGAUUAGAAAUUAUAUUUCCAAUCACGUAUUCCACAUAGCAAUUAAUACUUUCAUAGUGAAAUUAUUAUAUGCAACUUGUAGAUUUUGAAAUAAAUCAGGAUAUAAAUAUAUAUGUUGUUCACUUUUUAUUUAACUAAAAUCGAAAAAUUAAUAAGAUUCAAAAGUUUAAUUCAGCAAAGGUUUGUUAAAACCUCUUCUCGGAACGGUUAUUGGAAGCGUUUAAAUGAUAUUUUCUGCGCGAUUUCCUUACAUGCUUGAUUCUGGUUUGUUCCCACCCAUUAAAAAACCGUCCUUGGUACGGUGACGAUUUUGCGCAGUAGAGUUUACGUAUUCCAACCGGUCCGAGAAUACGCAGAAAUUAUCAUUCAAAUGCUUCCAAAAACCAUUCCAUGAACAGUCCAGAUUACCAGGUUGAACGACCUGUUAUCAACCAAGUAUCCGAAAAAAAAACGUCCUGGAAACGGUUCACGAUAUCUAAGCUGGAACAUAAAACAGAAUCCUUCGUAUAACGGUAACUGCCCGGUGGGAACACGUAAUCUCUAUUGCGCAGAAUCGUCACCGUUCCAAGGACGGUUUUUUGAUGUUCUGGAGUAAACCUAAUAUAUUGUCAUCCAAACACUUGGUUGGUAGAGAAUAGGUUGCCCAGUAAUGUAGGUGUGACAGACGACGUCACUUGUUGCAAAAGAUUCGGAGAUAAUCAGUGUUUAUGUUUGAUUUGUGCCAUUUGUGGUUAACGCGUUGUAUCCGCUUUUUUGGUUGAUUUUUUUAUUCUUUAUGAGAUAUAAUAGAGAUGAUGAUAAUAUAAACUAAAAAAUAUUAAAAUUGGCAACACUAGAUUAGUACUAUGUGUUGUUAUAAAACUAUUUUUUGACAUUAUAGUAGUUCAAUAAAAAUAGAAAAGCACUUGUAUUUUCAAAUAUGUUUGUUGGCAAAAGAAAUCGAUUGCUUAAUUUUAAAUAGUCACUUCGGUAAAAUAUUUUUACUAUACUAAUUAUAUAUAAAUUUCUUUUCAUAAGACUAAAUAAGUAAUUGGGAUAAUCAUAAAAAUGGCCGAACAAAUCGACGAAAACCAUGCGAUUCUUAUAUUCUAGGCUGCCGACUUUCAACAGCCACGGGUAGUUAGGACAAGUCACCGUGCAACCUAUCCUCUACCAACCUUAAUCCAGACAAACUAAGCUUUAUGAAGUAUGCAGGGCAAAGUUGUCAAUUUUCUAAAAAAAUUGUAAAAGGGAAAUAUAUUUCUUAGGGAUAUACUGUAGCGGGUCUCUCAUAAAUAAUAUCAAUUUUCAAUGUUGACUUUAUUUAUUCAAUAAACAUGCAAGAAAAAAGCCUCAAUAUUCGCAGUAUAAGCCAUCGUCUUCUAUAAUUUCAGAGAUCUUGUUAAAACCAUUCUUUAAGCUCAGUUGCAAAAAAUUGCCUCUGUGUAUUGUUCAACAUCUCCAUUGGAUUAAAAUUUUCUCCUACGCAAGAAUUUCACCAUGGAUCUGAAUAAAUAGUAAUAUGGUAGGAGCUCAAUACCACCAAGUGCUUUAAUCUUAUUCCGCGUAACAUCCGCAGUAUGUGGUUUUGCAUUGUCUUGUUGUGAGAGGACCCGCUUUCCGUCAAAUAGAUCUGGAUAUUUCUCAGAUAAAACUUUAUAAAUUCGCAUCAGCUGUUCACUAUAUACCUCGGGCUGAUAUCUCGAUAAUCUGGAAUGAUUUCGAAAUACAAUAAACCUUCAUAAUUUCACCAGACACAGAAGAAGACUUUCCGCUCGAAUUGAUUUCUCUUUGCGAUAGAUUCUGGUAAUUGUCCUUUGUCUAGCUACUGAUUUUACAUGUUAGGGUUGUUUAGAUAAAUACAUUUUUCAUCGUAAGUAAAAAUGCGUCUAAUAAAAUAAUCAUCUUUCGUCAGGACAAGUGACACCAUUUGACAACUUUCAUAGAUCUAACGUAAUGAUGUAUGGUAUCUCUAGAAGUUCAAAGUGAGUCCGAUAUUCGGUACUGGUACUAGUUUGGUUUUCUACUGAUACAUUGUAACCUUAAUAUUCCAAAUAGGUGGACAACUAUUAUCAAAAUAUAAAUAAUUUCUUCACGAAUUCAAUAUUUAUUGCAUUCCAUACUAUUUAUUACAAAACGUACUGCGUCUGCAAAAAAAGAGAACGAUUAAAAUAAAGCAAUUGUACUCUUCAUAUAAAUGGAAAGUAGUCUUAAUAAGUUACAUGUUUAAAUUGAGAUGUAGACAUUUUCACAUAUGAAAAACCGGCAUUAUAUAUGAAACACCCCUGUAUCUGUAUUUAAGAUGAAUUUGAGUCGCAACAGUAAGAAUUGACAAAGAAUUUGAACUUUGGAAGAUUGAUUAUUGCGAAAUGUUGUAAAAUAGUAUAACCAUACUUUGACAUUCAAAAGUUAGGUAAAAAGUGAACAUAUUACGUUUUAUAUAGAUUUUUUUAUUAAUAAUAAGAUCUUAAUGCUGCCAUAAUAUUGCAUUUUAAUUGUGCCUUACAUGUAAGCUUUUUAUAUAUAAAUGAAUUGGUAAACUUACAACAACAAACAAUAAUUCUAUUUAUAAUACUGUAUCCUAUUAUACAACAAAGAAUUUUUCGAUCAUUUCAAUAGUAGGUGUACAAAUGUAAACAAAAGAAACAAAUUUUAUCAAGAUAUAAAAAUUAUAUUUGUAGCGAUAUCAAUGAAUAGUUUUCACUAAUUAUUUUAAGUUUACAAUGUUAUUUUUUGAAGAAUUUAAAUGAAACAUGGGCAUUAUUAGUCGCCGAAUAUUAUAUAAUAAAAAUUUCUUUUGUGUCGAAUGCACUAAUUGUAGAUUUAAUAUCAGAAUAUUGUGAACCAAAAAUCAUAAUUUAUUUUUAUCAUUUUCAUUUAUAUUUUUGUAAAACAUUGUGUACAGUUUGUUAGGUUAUAAAAUUUGUAAUCAUAUCCAUGUCCAAUAUGUUGAAUAAAUAGUAAAUAACA